AUGUGCAGAAUUUGCACUUCAGUAACACCAGGGGAGCCUCAAAUCACACUCAGCUCAGAAAAAUCAUUUACCUACGAUUAUGUCUUUGACACGGAUUGUGAUCAGGAGGAGGUGUACAAUACCUGUGUUAGGAAACUCGUUGAUGGGGCCCUAGAGGGAUACAAUGCCACUGUUUUGGCUUAUGGGCAGGCGAGUUUUUAUUACUUUUCAACGGGAAGUGGAAAAACAUACACGAUGGGAACUGGAUUUGAAGUAGAAGUACAAGAAAAUCAAGUCGGUAUCCUCCCACGCGCUAUUCAUCAUGUAUUUGGUGGCAUUAAGGAAAGAAUUCAAAUUGCUUGUCAAAAUGGUGAACCUCCUCCAGAAUUUAAAGUCAACGUACAAUUUAUGGAACUCUACAAUGACGACAUUAUUGAUUUAUUAGAUCCAACUCAAGGAUAUAUUAGUGGUGUAAGAAUCAAAAUUCACGAAGAUUGCAAUGGGAGCAUAUACGUUAAAGGAAUGACACAGCAACCUGUAACUAGCGUAGGUGAGGCUUUAAAUUUGCUUCGUCAAGGAGCUUUAUCGAGAACAACAGGUGCAACACAAAUGAAUUCUCAAUCUUCUAGAAGUCACGCCAUAUUUACUUUGCUAAUAAAGCAACAAAAGUUGGUUCGAAUCGAGGAUAAAAAUGAUGUUGAAAAUAAUGGGAAAAAUGAAUUUGCAACUUUGUCUGCCAAAUUUCACUUUGUUGAUUUGGCUGGUUCUGAAAGAUUAAAAAGAACUUUAGCUACUGGAGAAAGAGCUAGAGAAGGGAUUUCAAUUAAUGGAGGUUUGCUUGCUUUAGGUAACGUAAUAUCGGCUUUAGGAGAUAAAACAAAAAAAGCCCUUCAUGUGCCUUACAGAGAUUCUAAAUUAACAAGGUUGUUGCAAGACUCUUUGGGUGGUAAUAGUCAAACUGUGAUGAUAGCAUGCAUAUCUCCAAGCGAUAGUGAUUUUAUGGAAACUUUAAAUACUUUAAAUUAUGCAAAUCGAGCACGUAAUAUUAAAAAUAAGGUAGUUAUUAAUCAAGAUAAAUCUUCCAAAACUAUUGCUAUACUAAGGCAGCAAAUUCAAGAACUUCAAAUAGAACUUUUGGAAUACAAACAAGGUAAGCGUCUGGUGAGUGCAGAAGGAGUUGAGGUUGUUAAUGAUAUGUGCCAUGAAAACAUACUCCUACAAACGGAAGCCAAUAAUUUACGAGUUAGACUUAAAGCCAUGCAAGAAACAAUAGAUACCCUUGUAAAAAAAAAUACAAUGCUUUUGGCUGAAAAAGCUGCCAAUUCUUGGAUUCAAUGUAGUACCGAUGGUAAUGUCGACGUUACCGAAAUAGUUACUGGUUAUUUAAAAGAAAUUCAAGAUCUUCAAGCAAAAUUACUUGAAUCGGAAGCAUUGUGUCAGCAAUUGAGAAAAACCACAGCAAGGCAACAAUCGCAUUUUUUAUCGCCUACGAUAACCUUAUCCAGUGAAAUACUUGAAACCGAUGAUCACAUAUUGAUAAAACCCCGUUCGGCCUGUGAAUUGGGUAGAACGGAAAAAUCCGAUAACAUCAUUUCACGAAGACAUCACACCUUUCACGAAAUACCUAUUAACAAAAAAAAUUCCUUACGUGAAAAAAACAUAACACAUAAUAAUAAUAAUAAUUUUUGUAAAAAUAAUCCGAAUGUAAAUGAAGCCAAAAUGGAUUUAUCGAAAAAUUUGGAAAUUCUUGCUAAACGUGAAAAAAAAGAAAAGAAUGAAAACGAUGAAGGAGGGCUUAAAGCCGAAGGAGAAAGCGAUUAUUCAGAUGACGAUAAUGAAGAUUCUAGCGUUGAAUCCUCCGACUCUGAAGAUAACGAAUCAAAAUACGGUUUGGAAUUGGCCGAAUUAACAAAUGAAAUAUCGAUAAAACAAAGAUUAAUUGAAGAAUUAGAAAGGUCACAACAAAAACUUCAUUCAAUGAAACAACACUACGAAGAAAAAUUAUUACAAUUACAAGAAAGAAUUCGUGCCACUCAAGAUGAACGUGAUAAAGUUUUAGCUUCUUUUGCCGGACAAUACAAUCAACCAUCCGAAAAGAUAAAAAAAGUUAAAGAUGAAUAUGAAAGAAAAGUUAACGAAAUGCAAAAAGAAGUAAAAAGAUUAGAAUCGGCUCAAAAGCAACACGCAAAACUUUUAAAAGAACAAAAUCAUCAAAGCGGUCAAUUGAAAUCCCUAAGAGCCGAAGUAGAAGAUAUGAAACGUACAAAAGUUAAUUUAAUGAAAAAAAUGAAAGAAGAAGUUCAAAAGCACAAAGAAAUCGAAAUGCAAAAAACUAAAGAAAUUGCUAUGCUAAGAAAAGAAUCGAGAAAACGUGAAAAUGAAAUAAGAUCAUUGCAAGCAGAGAAUAGAGUGAAAGAGGCUGUUUUGAAAAGGAAAAACGAAGAAGUUUCUGCUCUUCGAAGUCGAGCCAGAGGAAUCAUGUCGACGAAAGCAGCGGGAAGAGUAUUAAAAAUGAACAAUAAAACAUUUUCUUCUAAAGAAGCUAAAAAUAAAUGGACUGUGAUUGAAAAAAAUAUUAAUAAAAUUAAAUUAAAUAAAAAAGCAAUUGCAAUGUCUGAAAAGGAAAUGGAAAGAUUAAUAGCAGAAAGGGAAUCGUUGGGAAAAGAGUUGGAACAGUUGAUAAAGAAAAAAAAUUCUCUUGCUUUUUGUCGCAACUUAAAUCCUAAUGAAGUACAAGUAUUGGAUGAACAAAUAGAAUCUGCUCAAGCAAACAUGAAUUACCUUCAGGAAUCAAUAUCGGAAUGUCAACACAACAUCAUGGAAAUAGAAGAUGCAAAAUCAGAAAAUGAAUUUUUAACACAUCAAUUAGUUAAUACGAUUGAAGAAAGUCGGUAUCUAAUAGAAAAACUUUAUAGCAUGAUAGUAGCACAAACUGUAACUAAUGUCAGAUCCGAAUUGAAUUUGGAAACGUUAAAUGCUAAAAUUCAACAGCUGACAACUGAUAACGACACACAGAAUCAGCUUUUACAACAUUUAAUAUCAAGUCAUCAUCUUGGCAUUGAUAUAGAUUCAUUAAAACCGUUGGCCAAUGCAAGUCAAAGUAAUUCCGAGAACAGCACUCCUGCUUCUUCUAGAUCUAGUUCACCCACCUUUCCAUCAAACGCACAAAGCAGAAGUUUCAACGGUGGAAAAUCUAGUAAUUCGGCAUUCAGCUUUCUUAAGCACAGAAGGUAUACGGCUCUACCGAAAGAAUUGCUUUACCCAAUAGAAAAUAUAAAUAAAGUAGAAGAUGAAACACUACGUGACGCUCAAAAUUCACAAUCUUCCUUAAAAUUAAUCGCACCAAAACCUCCCGAAAGUGUGAACGUGAAUAAAAAAAAUUAUUCGGAAACAAUGUCUCCGAGGCUCCCAAAGCGAACCGUCAAUCUUUCUAACACUAAACUCGAUAUGGAGUCAACGGAGAGUCCUCCUGGGUCACCAACAGCCUACAGAAGAUUUACUAGUCGUGGAGAAAACGUUUUUUCCCGCUUGACUGGGGGCACUCAAGAUGUAGAGCCUUCUAUUGGGCGAGGUGUCAUAUCUGAAUAUUCAGGAAAAACUAAUAAUAAAGCUCCAUUUGGUUGUGUUUACGUUGCUUCUGGUCAUUCCCAUGCUGUUUUAUCCGUUUGCGUAACCGAUUCCCUUCUUUUCACAUCAUCAAAAGAUAGAUCGGUAAAGGUUUGGGAUUUACAUAAUGGUGUCGAAGUUCAAACCAUGACCGGUCAUCCUAAUAACGUCGAAGUUGUAAGAUACUGCGAAAUCAAUAGACUUUUAUUUUCAGCUUCUUCUGCUUACGUCAAAAUAUGGGAUUUAAGAGAAUCUCCAUCACGGUGUAUAAAAACUUUAUGUUCUUCUGGUUUAACCAUAAACGGAUCGGUAUCAUUACCGAGUUCCUCUAGAGCCGUAACCAUACCUCAGGGAGAACAGCAACUAAAUGAUGUUGCCCUUAAUAAAAACGGAAUGAUUUUAUAUACAGCUUCUGGAGAUCGAGUUAGAGUUUGGGAUUUAAGAAGGUUUAGUUCAACUGGAAAAUUAGCCGGAGGACAUCAAGCAGCUGUUAUGUGUUUGGCUGUAAGCAAAUUAUCUGAAACGGAAGAUGUUGUUGUGACGGGAUCGAAAGAUCAUUACAUAAAAGUAUUUGAAGUUAACGGAAGUUCCGGUGGAGUUUUCCCUCCUAAAAUGAAUUUAAAUCCUCCACAUUAUGACGGAAUUCAAUCAUUGGCUUUACAAGAUGAAAUUUUAUUUUCCGGAUCGAGGGAUAUGUGUAUAAAAAAAUGGAAUUUGACUCGUCCGAAAUUGACUCAGUCAAUUAAUAAUGCUCACUCAAACUGGAUCUGCGGUCUGGUAUUCAUGCCUGGUGGCCAACAGCUAAUUUCCGGUUGCAGAAGUGGAAUAUUAAAAAUAUGGUCAGUGGAAACGUGUUGUCUUUUGGGAGAAUUGAGAGCUCAUAAUUCUCCAAUAAACGACGUGGCUGUUAAUUCAUCUCACGUUUUCACGGCAUCAAACAGUGGGGAGGUGAAGGUGUGGCGUCCCCACCAGUCACUCUCUCCAAUGUCAAUGUCAACUGGAAAAAUGUUUCAACUAUCUAUGUAA